UUUUAUAUUUGUCACAUUAACAAUUAGAUGACACUUGGGUCCCUGAGGCUGCUGCAGUGCCAGUGAGUUCAAAGGAGCUGGAGAUGAAAAGAUUUCACCUGGUGAAGAGACAAUUCCAGAGAGUGACUGUAGGGCAGGACUUUCUCAUUCAAGACUACCAGAAAAGGGCUAAAGGUUUGGAGACAUCUUUGAGGGACCUUGAUGCAGAAGAUGCCAAAUAUGAUCACUUGCUUAAAGAAAAUGACAGUAACACAGAUUUGAAGGAAGACAUUCUUGCAAAAAACCGAACGGUGCGAGGCUUUUGGACUGAGACAGACAGAGUCUUAUCUCCCCUUGAAGUAGAUCGAAAAGUGGUGGAGAGUGUGAUCCAUAGACAGGUAGACUGGUAUAUCUUGGGUGGGCAUGAUUUGAGCGUGAAGAUACCUGCGGUUCUGAGUGAGAGGAUGGAGAGGCUAUCCCACCAGUCCAGUGUUGGUAGCUUGUAUAAGGGAGGGCAGCCUGUCCUUGUGUGUUUGCUGGAGCUUCUAAAUGAGGGAUUACACAUCCUAAGAGAGGAGAGAGAGAAAAUUGUAGGCCCCAGUGUACAGCUUCAACACCGAGACCUCCAAGAGCAUGCCUUGCUCUUCAGCCGCUCAAAAGAAAACCUCAAGCUUAUAAGGUGGAAACUAAUCAAAGAGAAUGCAGCAGAGGUGAAGGUCUCCAUUGGGAGGCUGGAGGAGGACUGGGAGAACAAGUGGGCAGAGUGUUUGAAAAAAACACCUCUGAUCUCUUCUCUUAAAGAGGAUCCUGUUUUUGACUUCUCCCCAAUGGCUCCUCUCUCAUUUGAGCCAGCUUCUAAGGCUAGCUUUGAGGCUAGUAUCAUCUUACAAUAUCCAUUUAAAAUACCUGAACUGCUAGAGCAGCUGUCUCAAAGAAAACCAGAGAGAAUGGAGGCAGACAUCCAUUUGGAACCAGAAGUCCACCUGGAGCCAGAAAUCAAAACCAUUUCUGAGGAAGAUGAAUAUAAGGGGGUCUUGCUGUCCUCUGUCAGCUGCUUUUCUCCAAAACCAGUGACUUGUGACACACCACCAUGUGAAACUCCCUUGACUUACCCGGUUAAAAUUAAGUCUGUGACUCAGACACCCAGUCCAAUGCAGGCUUCCCACAGGAGAAAUCUGCACUCUAAGAUGAAGGCCUCUGUCCUAAAGAACAAGGCUGAAAUUCUAGAUUUGGAGUGUGACAACUUGGCAAGUCAAUUUGCAGAGGCAGUGAUUAUGAGUCCAGUCAAUGGAAGGAGUGAUGUGGACCUGGGACAGUUGUUAAAUGUCAUAUCUGAUCCCUUUUCAGCAAGGAAACAGCUGUGCCGCACCCCUGAGAGUCUAAUCAAAGAUGUGAGAAGUUCAUGGAGAAAAGCUGUGGAGGAAGGCAUGACUGAGAAGAAACAAGCUACUUGGAAUCAGCAAGACAGCCUUUCUUGGCUCAAGACACCUAUGGCUGAGGUGAAUGGCCCUUGCACCAGACCAAGUCCAGAACCUUCACUAUUAUUUUCAGCUACUCUUGCCCAUUGCACUCCUCCUCCUGUCCAGCAGGGGUCAACCCUCCACUCAACUGUGUCAUGGGACUCCUCACAACUGGAGGCUCUUAACAGUCAAAGGUCAAGUGAUGUUAUUAAAUUCAGCAUUGCUCAGGAGGAGCUCCCAGACCUUUUUGAGGAUGACUUGUCAUUUAACAGUGAUGGCUCAGCAGAGAUCCAUAGUAACAAGGAGCGAGAGGAAGAACUUAUAUCACCUGUUGAAUCUAAAUGUCUUGAUGGAAAAACACUCUUACUGACGGCGCAGGUGUGCUCUUUAGAUGAAUCUCCUUUCAACGACUCCAAUAUUGAAAAGUCCCCAGUACAUUCAAGGAAGAGUUUGAGCCAGUGGACUACUGAUGAGAGGCUUUUCUCUCUUGAUUUGGACAAGCUUGAGAGUUUUUCCCCUCCUCCUCCUGCAGAGAAACUCACCCUGCCCAGUUUAGUGAAUUUGACUCUUGAUGAAUACUAACAUAUCUUAAACAACUGUUCUUUUUUUUUUUUCUUUACAUACUAGUAUGAUGCAAAAUGUGUCUGCCAUGAAUUUCACUUUCAGCUUGAUGUGAUUUUGAUCAGCCUAAUUAACAAGUACGUUAA